ACAUGAUUGCGAUUGUUCAUGCUGACCAUCGUCUUCUAUGAGCUACCUACCUGCCCUAGUUGCAAUUGAAUAUUAAUAAAUCAGCUGAGAUGAUGAAGCUUUUCUUUGUAGCCUGUCUGGUUGCAGUGUGCAGUGCUAACCCUCCUGCUCCAAAGGUGGCUGAGUCUUUCUGUGGAGGUGGGGAGAUUGAGUUCCAUCAAUCUGAGAAAACUGACAUAGGCAAAUUUGAUAUCUGUCGUGACCAGGUCAAGCAGAUGGAGGUUCAAGCUGCCAUGUACCAAGAUCCCGAUAUGUUUUUCGGGUCACUGCUCCGAUACGACUCUAUGACCAGUCAUAUGGCCUACUACCUCAGAGGAAAUGGGAAGGAUGAACCACGCUGUGCUCCUGAAAUGAGGAAUGUUACCUCCACACUGCCUCCAUUCUUUGACUGGCUUCAGUUUGCUACUUACGAGGGACAGGAGAAAGUCAGAGAAAUGAGUUACGACCACUGGGGAUUGACAAUUGCUGACAUCCGUUUGGAAUUGUUUGUGUCCCCUGGCAAUCCUAAUGUGCCUGUCUACUAUAACCGAAAAGAAGCUGAGGAUUUUGUCCACUACAGUUUCAUGAGCUUCAACGCUACUGCCCCCGACCCUAAAGUGUUCGAUAUCCCCUCUCAGUGCAAGGGACCAUGAACACACUAGUUGAACCAACGAUCUUCUAUCGUUUAACUGUACAGAAAUGCUGUUGUACAUGCAUGUAUGUAACAUAUACCUUUAGUUAAUGCUGCCACGUUUUUUGCCAAAUAAUGAAUGAAUUUAUUAUUCAUGAGA